AUGCUCACCGCACGUAAAGUUCCGAGAGCAUGCCAGUCAUGUAGAUCCCAACUUCUUUCUCUGUUCGAAUAUGGAUUCACAAGACCCACUGCUUCGACAGCUUCUACACAUUCAAGACUUCGCGAUAUCCGACAUCGAUCAAUUCAGCCUCGCCCUAAUACCUUACGAUUAUUCUCAACGACUCUUGCUCGAUCAAAUGAAGCUCGAACGACCACAACUACACCAGGGCCCGAAGUGAAAGCCACAGAAGCAAGAGCAACAGAAAUUGAAUUGUUCGUGAGGCAGGCUAGACAAACAUUCGGAGAAACUUUGCCAAAGGAUUAUCUAUCUGCUGAGGAAUAUCAAUUAUAUGAGCGAUUGUACGGUGCGCCACUGCGUGAAACUAGGCCGGAGGACUUAGAAUAUCUGCAGGUUGAAGAAGAGGAUAUUGGACAGGAUGGCCCAUCUAGGAAUGUUCUUUUGAGAGAGAACGCUGAUGGUGAAUUUGAAGAGAUUGAAUUCGAUCCAGAGCUGGGGUUUAAGGUUGUAGAAGAUGGCACUGACGGGUUUGUUUCUGCCAGUGAGGCUGGAGAAAUGGGGGUUGAGGAAGAAAGCGAACCUGAUGUGGAAUUGGAAGGCGAGGAAAUAUCAAUGGCAGCAGAGGCUUCUGCGGGAACGGAUUCUACUAAUUUAACAUUUCAAGCUCAAAACCAAAGAGAAGUAGAUGCUAUCGCACGGCUACAACGCGAUAUGGACGAAGCAAUGGCACGAGCAGCAGAGCAAGAAGAUACUGUUUUUGACGAGGACUACGAGGAGGAAGAAUCGUCGGAAGAAUCUGAAGAAGAAUUAUUUGAGGAUCCCGAAGAAUUUGAGGAAGACGAAUACGAUUCAUAUAUUAGCUCGGACGAAGUUCGUACACAUCCGCAUACUAGGACCGCUAGAUUUGGCACAUCCCCAAGUACUAUAUCACUGCCGAAAGAACAAUUUGUUACACCAAUUACCGAACUGCUAGAGAGAACAAGCAUGAAACAUGUUACAGAGGCUGCACAGAAAGCAUUUGGUGGAAAGUGGUUACCAUAUUCUUCUUCUACUCCAAACGUAGGAAAGCUUAAGCUUUUACCACAAAAACAUGUUGGACUUGAUGCUUCACAACACAGGAUGAGCGAAAUUGAAGCAGAUGCAUAUUUGGCUGGUGUAAUGUCAGGUACUUAUACUUCUGUUAUGAGUACGCUGGUUGAGGUACGCAAACGAUUAGGGUCCGAAUGGAUUCGUGAGAUGUUGUUCAGGGAAGGUGGCCAAGGUCCACGAAUUCUCGAUGCAGGAGCUGGUGGGGCUGGUAUUGUAGCAUGGCAGGAAAUCUUACGAGCCGAAUGGGAUGUAUUGAAAGACGAUGGUAUUGUCGAAGGAGACGUACCUCCAUCUGGGAAACACACGGUUCUCACUGGAGCAGAUACAUUGCGACACCGAAUUUCACGAUUUCUCGACAACACUACCUUUCUUCCAAGACUUCCUGAUUAUGUCCAUUCAUCCAGUGGCGAGGCUCAACUUGAUGGUGGACCCGCACAACCUAGGAAAAUGUAUGAUUUGAUAAUCGCCCCGCAUACCUUAUUCCCACUGAAGGAAGAUUUUCGCCGGAAACACAUGGUACAGAACCUCUGGUCAAUGCUUGAUCCCAAAGGAGGUGUACUUAUCCUGAUAGAAAAGGGCUUACCACGUGGAUUUGAGGCUAUAGCAGGCGCUCGGUCUCUUCUGCUUGACUCACAUAUUUCUUCGCCUGGUGACGAAAGCGUCGAAAAAGAACUUCAAUCUCUUUCAGACAACGAAUCACGGUUUGCGGAGAAAGAAGAGGGUAUGAUCAUUGCACCGUGUACUAAUCAUACUAAGUGUCCAAUGUAUCCAGUCCCAGGUCUUACCCCGGGUAGAAAGGAUUUUUGUCAUUUCGAACAGCGAUAUCUCCGACCACCUUAUUUACAGAAGAUUUUAGGUGCUUCUUCUCGCAAUCACGAAGAUGUUAGAUAUACUUACCUGGCGGUACGAAGAGGCAUUGACGCUAGGAAAGAAGAAGCUAUUCUACAAGGAGAUGCUGCCACUGACCAAUCAUUCGCUGGCUAUGAAGAGCAUGAUUUACCGGAUGGCCCAGAAAUGCCUGAAGAGGGUGAUAUACCAUUCCAUCCAUUAUCACUCCCACGAUCUAUGCUCCCACCUCUCAAACGUCGUGGACAUGUCACCUUGGAUGUUUGUACACCAUCGGGUAAGUUGGAACGAUGGACAAUCCCUAAAAGUUUUAGUAAAGUAGCGUACCGCGAUGCUAGGAAAUCCAAAUGGGGAGAUCUUUGGGCACUUGGUGCUAAAACGAGAGUUCCCCGGCAGCCUAGAUUAGGAAGGGGAGGAGAAGGUGCAGUCAACAGUAAGGGAUCCAAACCAGGAAAGGUCCUCAGUAAAUCAGCGGCAAAGAAGAAGAAGAAUAAGUUUAAUAUUAUCAUGGGUCGUGAUGGUAUGGAAGGUCUUGAGGAAAGUAGAGAUUCGAAGAGAAUAUUCAAGCCUGAGAAGAGAACUAAGGGGGGACGAUUUUUCAAGCCGAAGAAGCCGAUUACCGAGGAUGACAUAUAA